GGAUUACGACACCAUAACGUUGCCGUAAUGUUACUGUAGACAGAUCUUGUUGAUGUUUGAAUUCUAUUUGCAUAUUGUAUAUGGCUUCGUUCUUUCGAUUAAAAUCUUCAUCGAAGUUGUCAGUUCGGUGUAUGUGUGGUAAUAACAUGUCAGCGCCGCUUCCUGCCAUAGUCCCCGCUGCUCGGAAAGCCACUGCUGCGGUUAUAUUCCUGCAUGGACUUGGGGACACUGGACAUAGCUGGGCAGAGAUUUUUGCAGGGAUCCGGACAUCUCAUGUGAAAUAUAUCUGCCCUCAUGCGCCAGUAAUGCCUGUUACUUUAAACAUGAACAUGGCCAUGCCUUCUUGGUUUGAUAUCAUUGGACUUGGUCCAGAUGCAGAAGAAGAUGAUUCUGGAAUCAAACAGGCAGCAGAUAACAUAAAGGCACUCAUAGACCAAGAAGUAAAGAAUGGGAUUCCUUCUCACAGAAUUGUUUUGGGUGGAUUUUCACAGGGAGGUGCAUUGUCUCUGUACACAGCCUUGACUUCUCAACAGAGACUGGCAGGUGUGGUAGCACUAAGCUGCUGGCUUCCACUCCGUAGCUCUUUUCCACAGGCAGCAGCCAAUAGUGUGAACAAAGAAAUUGGCAUCCUGCAGUGCCAUGGGGAGGCUGACCCUCUGGUACCUUUGGUGUUUGGGUGUCUUACUGUUGAGAAGUUAAAAAGUAUUGUCCUUCCAGCUAAUAUCAACUUUAAGACAUAUCCAAGAAUGCCACACAGUUCCUGCCCUCAGGAAAUUAUGGAUAUUAAGCAAUUCAUUGAAAAGCAACUACCUCCAAUCAGUUAAUGACACGGCAGAAGCCUUUUGAUAAUGCACCAGCACCAACAAUGGACUGACCCUGAAUUCUUCCACUUACCUGUACCCCCACUCUCACCCCAACACAGCAAUACUCUAGAGACACGUUGUUUUAUGUACAGUCACCACAUUUUGCCUGUAACACACAGAACAUGCGGUUAAGCUGUGAAAAUGGUUACUUUAUGGUCUUUACACUACAGUAUUUUCUGCAAGUAUUACAGAGAACAUAUUUAACCCAU